UUUGCAAGACAAAGUGUUAAAGCCUUAAGAUUAUUUAUUUCAGCAUCCCAAACUAACAGUUAGAUCAUCAAAAUAAUGAUCCAUACGUCCUUGUGUCCAAGUUGCUCAUUUCCAUUCUUUACCCUUAAAAUUAUUUUUCUUUUUUAUUUUCUUUCUUCCCUGUCUAGGUCUCAUCUCCUUUGGAAAUGCCAAAAUCGUUAGGACAUCAGACGCUGGAGGUAUUGUGAGCCUGUUCAAAGAUGGAACACUGGGACUCGCUGGGAUUUUUGAUUGUCACACUCAACUAUAACGUGACUAUUGUCGGAAAGAUCUGGCUAAUGUUAGUAAUUAUGCUGCGAAUGGCAGUGGUAGUAUUAGCAGGCUAUCCACUCUACCAAGACGAGCAGGAGCGCUUUGUCUGCAACACCCUCCAACCAGGAUGCUCCAAUGUUUGCUAUGACUUGUUCUCUCCUGUUUCUCACUUUAGAUUCUGGCUCAUUCAGACUGUGUCUAUCCUGCUACCUUAUGCUGCAUUCAGCAUUUAUGUUCUGCACAAAGUAGCUACGUACAUUGUAAAAAUGCACUGUUUGGCACAUGGAUGCAAAGAGAAUAAGGGCUUAUCAAGCCCCAAAGACCUGAAAGAGCUCUGUAGAAGUGUUGUUGUCAGUAAAUUGGAUUGUGGUGCAGACAGCCUAAGUGUCCUUGAUUUUUCUGGGGCAUAUACUGUUCAUCUUCUUUUUAGGACACUACUUGAGGCUGCCUUUGCAGCUGUGCAAUAUUUUCUCUUUGGAUUUUUUGUUCCUGAGCGCUUUUCCUGCUACCAUUCACCUUGCACAAGCGCGGUUGAGUGUUAUAUCUCUCGGCCCACUGAGAAAUCCAUCAUGAUGAUUUUCAUCUGGGGACUCAGCAGCCUAACCUUUCUGCUUAGCCUUGCCGAUCUUUGCUGUGCUCUCCACAGAAUGACAGUAAGAAACCAAAAGAACAAGAUGCUGGCAAACCUGCAUAAAGAGAAUGAGUGCAUUUUAAACCUUACCCCAGUACAGCAUGGUAGCUCUUCUCCACCCCAAAAUCAGGACCAUCCAGUAUCAAAUAGCAGCCAGACCAGUGAUGGCUCCUGCUCACUUCUCUCUGAAGAGGAAGAAGAGGCUGCUCUUCAUCCAGAAGUGGUCUCUCAGCAAAAUGCUAGCACUAACCUUAACAGCGACAGCAAUAAGCCUUGUAUACCAGGAGAUCUUGCUGUUAAAGAAGAUAGUGCUGAAGAACCCUUGUGUGCUGGUGACCACCAAGGAACUACAUGUGGGCAAGUGAGACCCAUGCUUCAGCAAGACUUCAUUAAAGAUACCGCGCUGACUUUGAGACCUCAGAUCAAGUCUCGCCUUGGAGUUUCUUCCUCUGUAGUUCAGAGUAAGCUUUUAGGAUACUACCCUUCAGCUGAGCUAAAAACUUCUGAUGCACAGUCAAAUUACAGCAGUACUAGUUGUUUGAGGUCAAAAAAGUCAGAAUGGGUGUAAAGCCCUGAGCAACCAUUGGCCUGUGAACCUGGCAGAACAAGUCAUUGCAUCACUGACAAGGUUUCAGGUAGUUUCAGCUAGAUCCCUCAGCUGUGGUUAUGCUGCAGAGACAUUCUACUGUGGUGUGUUCCUCCACUGAUGAGGAAGCAAAAACCUUGGACUGGCGUUUGAAGGAUAUUACAUUAAGGGAACUGUUCUUUGAAAAAUGUAACACAUUUUUGUUUUUCUGAGUGUGACUUCAAAAAGCUGUUGCCUGUCACUGAUGUGACUGACCUGGUUUUCCCGCAGUACUUGUGAACACUUGUUUACCCUGACCUUGUUUUAUUGCAAAAGAUUGAGCUUAU